UGUUUGCGCCGCACGACCACGUUUGCGCGCAAAUAUCGAAACAUCUCGUUUGCGCGGCGCUUACGUAGCCCUGUGGGCCCUGUGCUGUGGCCAUGGUGCCGCCUUCACAGCUGUUUGUGCGGACGGGCGAUGGCAAACCGAUGGAGUUUUACCUGGAUGCGGGCCUGCCACGCCCGGAGCGGUGCCGGCUGCAGGCGCUGGUGGUGGGCCACGGCGGCACGCUGGUGACCAACCCGGCGCGCCGUCGGCAUGCAGUGACUCUAGGCGCUGGCGUGCCGGGAUCGCAGCAGCGCCCGGACGUCUGUGAUCGGCAGGACACCUUCAGCAUCAAGUUCGUGGACGAGUGUGUGCGCAAGGGCCGGGUGGUGGACCUGUGUCCAUUCAGGCUGCAGUCCACCUCUCGAUACAGCCGGUCGGAGUGGGUGAACGACGUGCUGCUCGGCUGGUGCGCCUGGUCUGACCUGGCAGUGUGGAAGGCGCCCCCCGACUCUGACACCGACGAGGAGCUGGCACUGCGGGCUGCUGCCCUCAAGGCGGGCGACGGCCGGCUGGGCUUCACCCGUGAGAAGGAUGAGGCGCUGGUGCGCUUCGUGGCCGAGUACGGUGACAUGAAAUACCCAUCGGUGAUGACGCUCAAAUUCUGGUUCUGGAUGGCGUUCCGGCUGCCGGCGGUGCUGUCCGGCCACUCACCGCCGUCGCUCUUCGACCGCUAUUUCAAACAGGUGGAUCCACGACUGGCCGACUUCAAGUCGACGGUGCCGCUGCACAUGGUGGAGAGUGCGGCCUCGACCACAGGCGCCAAGCUGCCGCUCACGGAAGAUGAGCAACGCGCACUGGAAAAGUACUGUGAGGAGGAGACAAACCGGUAUCAGCCGGUUCGGCAGCCAGGCAACUCGGACACCGAAUCAGAGGACCUGAUCGGCGCCAAGGCCUCGGGGAACAAGCUGUUUGUGCGGACGGGUGAUGGCAAGCCGAUGGAGUUUUACCUGGAGGCGGGCCUGCCGCGCCCGGAGCGGUGCCGGCUGCAGGCGCUGGUGGUGGGCCACGGCGGCGCGCUGGUGACCAACCCGGCGCGCCGUCGGCAUGUAGUGACACUGGGCGCUGGCGUGCCGGGAUCGCAGCUCCGCAAGGCCACAUCUGUUCGGCGGGACACCUUCAGCAUCAAGUUCGUGGACGAGUGUGUGCGCAAGGGCCGGGUGGUGGACCUGUGUCCAUUCAGGCUGCAGUCCACCUCUCGGUACAACCGCCCGGAGUGGGUGAACGACGUGCUGCUCGGCUGGUGCGCCUGGUCCGACCUGGGCGUGGAGACGGCGGUCCCCUACUCUUACUUCGUCGGCCAGCUGCACAUUGUGCUGCUUAGCCUCGGCGGCGGCCGGCUGGGCUUCACCCGUGAGAAGGACGAGGCGCUGGUGCGCUUCGUGGCCGAGUACGGCAUCCGGCAUAUUUUCCCACCAGUGACGGGUAAACUAUUCUGGUUCUGGAUGGCGUCUCAGCUGCCGGCGGUGCUGUCCGGCCACUCACCGCCGUCGCUCUUCGACCGCUUUUUCGAACAGGUAGGGCCACGACUGGCCGACUUCAAGUCAACGGUGCCGCUGCACCUGUUGAAGAUGGCGUCCCUUUUCACGGGCACCCGGCUACCGCUCACAGAAGAUGAGCAGCGCGCACUUGCUAAGCGCAAACAGGAGGUGGAAUAUCGGUGUCAGCAGGUUUUGUGGCGCAGGCGCCGGCAGCUGCCCUUCUUCGCUGGCGACUCUUGCACCGAAGCAGGGGACCUGAUCUGCGCCACGGACUCUGGGAACAAGGUGAGCCGCGGCGCCGCCUCCGCCGUUGCCCCCGCUGAUAAUUCCGCAAGAUCUGAGGACGCUCCUGUCGCUCCUGGUCUCAGUCCUGACGCUCCUGGUCUCAGUCCGGCCGCUCCUGGUCACAGUCCGGCCGCUUCUGAUAUUUCGGCCACUCCUGACGAUCCUGUAGCUCGGGACAUCGUUCCUACGGCUCCUCCCACCGCUGGUACAACUACUGCUGCAGCUGACAAGGUCUUCGUGGCCUGUUCCGCUGCUGCCACUAAUACGACGGCCGCCGGAAGUGCCGGACUGGAUAUGGGCUCAAGCGAUGUCAGUAUGGCGCCGGCUGGCGCGGGCGGCACCCACCCAGCCGCCGCAGCCUCCGUGAGUCCGGAGGGAGUGGCGGCGGCGAUUUCUGCGGGACGCCGCGGGCGGCGGCUGCGCUCGGCUAGCUUGUCACGAAGCUCGGUGUCGAGCUCAGACAACUUCCAAUCACCGCCCAGGAAGACGCCACUGCUGGCCGGCGAGCGGAGCAGCCAGCCCGGUCCGUCUGGCGUGAGGCCGGCGCCGAAAAGUAGCUCCGCUGACAGCGGCGCCAGCGCGCCGGACACUGCCCAGCCGGCGCAGAUGAGUCUCGAACCGAGCAGCUCCACUGACGGCGACGCCAGCGCAGAUACGUCACGAUCGUCGCGCCGCCAAUGGCAGGCGUACUCGAGGGCCGAGGAGGACGUGCUGGUGCGCCGUGUGCUGGCCGAGCACGCGGCCGGCGGCCUGCUGGGCGGUCGCCGCGUCUGGCAGAAGAUAGAGGACAGUGGCGUGCUGCCGGGCCGCUCCUGGCAGUCGCUUAAGGAGCACUGGCGCCGCACGGCGCCGCGGCUUCGCAACAACUCCCAGCUGACGGAGAGCCAGCGGCGCCAGCUGUGCCGCGCGCUGCGCCGGCCGACCGGGCGCCCCGGCGGCGGCCGACCGCCAAAUGAGCCUCAUUCGCCGGCGCGGCCUUACACUCGCGCCGAGGACCUGGCCGUGUUGCGGUUCCUCCGGGAGGAACCGGGGCGCGUGGUCAACAUCUCGGGCCGCGCGCUGUGGCAGGAUAUGUCCGUGGCACUGAACAGGUCCGGCCGGUCGGUCAGGAGCUGGCAGUCACUGAAGGAGCGCUUCCACAAGCGGAUCGCGCCUGCACUGCACCAUGAGUACAACGAAGUGGACAGCGUCUUCCGCGUCUUCCUGGCUGCCGAGCUGGGCCUGUAACGGCCGCGCGGUGAGGACGGCGGAGCACGGGGGCCGGUGCUAGUGUGUGAGUUGGUGAGCCGGUGCGGCUGCCAGUGAGGGGUGGGCUACGCCUCGCGCGGGGUGGCAUCGAUCUCCCAGUCUUUCCGGGUGGGGCGGUGGGUCGCGGGUCCCGUCCAGGAGUGGGAUCUCUCCCAGCCAUGGCACAUGGUGUGUUGCGCACUCGUUUAAGGCUGCCUGUUGUGAAUUUUGCUUUUGCUUUUGUUCCCUUUGGCAUGAAAUAGCUGGUAGACUUAUCAUGGAUAUGGACAUUACCCAGAUCCCCUUUUUUCGAAGCCUAGUUUUACUUUGUCGCUGCCCGCUAGACUGCAAGUUAAAGCUCAGGUCAAGGCUAUUGCUCAGACUCUUUUUGGCGGCCAAAACUGGCCCGCUAGUCACUCCGUCUAUGUAAUGGAGUCAUAGCGUGGCGUGCCGCCGCGGCUCGUGAAGUUCACUGAGUUUGUGAUUUUAGCUGUGCCAGGCUGAGCGCUCGCCGUCUCUGUUCAUUCUUCAUCGAGGUAGGGACGGGAAGGCAUGUUUGCUGCUUUUUCGCUGGUACGGAGUCCCUCUUCAACCGUUUUCGCAUGUGCAGUGGAAUGCUAUGCCGUGCGAGGGUUUUGAGUAACCGCCACUUUGUAAGUCCUGAAUUUACUUUUUUAUCAAAGGUU